UUCCUUUCUUUCUCCCACCCACCCCCUUCUCCGCCGCGCUCUCAAUGCUGGCGGAAGAUUUUUGCCUUGAAGCAUGAAGGUCCUUAGCUGGGUGCAUCUCCUCCUUAGCCAGUGGCUCUUGCAAAAGGUUGCGUGUGUGAAAGGCCAUGUGACCAAGACCCUGAACUACCUGGAGAUGAGUCCCUCAAGUGUCUUGAAGGGCCCUGCUUUGAAACCUCACCCGCUCAACCCAGCUCGAAUAUUUUCCAGUGAGCCAUCCAAAGCCAAGCUGGACCCAUACAGUGGUGCCCUGAGUCCCUGGGACUGGACCAAGAACCAGACGGCCAUGGAGCACUUCAACCAGCGAGCUAAGAGGAAGCCCUCCAUGAAGGCGGGCCGAACCAAGAAGAUCUUUGGCUGGGGUGACUUCUAUUUCAACAUCAAGACCCUGAAGUUCAGCCUGUUGGUGACAGGCAAGAUCGUGGAUCAUAUAAAUGGCACCUUCAGUGUCUACUUUCGUCACAACUCCUCCAGCCUGGGCAAUGUCUCCGUGAGCAUUGUGCCACCCACCAAGGUAGUUGAGUUUGAUGUACUGGUUCCCCCUAUCCAAGCCCAGCACCUUCACCCUCAGCAGUCCACCUUAGCUGAGCCCAAGGAAUCCAAGACCUUCAACUGUCACGUGGAAUAUGAGAAGACCAACCGGGCACGCAAGAACAAGCCUUGCCUGUAUGACCCUUCUAAGAUCUGCUUCACUGAGCACACACAGAGCCAUGCCGCUUGGCUGUGUGCCAAGCCCUUCAAGGUCAUCUGCAUCUUCAUCUCCUUCUUCAGCAUUGACUACAAGCUGGUCCAGAAGGUCUGUCCAGAUUACAACUUCCAGAACGAAAACCCCUACUUUGGCUGAUGAGGGGGGGAAGACUUUGGGAGGGGGGGCAGUGCAGAGGGGUAUUAAGUAAGUUGCACUCUUUUUAUCAGGACAGGAAUUGGAAGAACUUUGGCUGGCAGGGGAAGAAACAGGAGAGGCCCCCCCCCCCCCUGAUGCUUAGUGAGAGAAGGAUGGUCGGUUCUGAACAGGAACUGGAUGCUGCUCCAUCUCAUAAGGCAUUCCCUUCCCAGUGGCCACUAAACUUCCCAGGACUUUAGGAAAAUAGAAACUGGCCCAAAGGACACUGUUGCUUUUGCUCCCCACUGUACCCCCUUUCUGAUGCUGUUUGGGUCAUCUCAAGGGAAUUCCCAGCAAUAUGAAGAAAUGGCUUGCUGUGGCUUUCAUCUCUUUUGUGCAUAAAUGGACCCUGCUGCUUCUGUGGGGCUGUAACACUGACUUAUAUGAGAACGUCUUUCAGCAUCAUGCCUCCCAUUUGGAAUAUAAGGUUCUGGUAGCAGCCAAAGGUCCCUCUGUGCACCUCUCUGUCUCUCUUCUCCUUGGACUGAGCCACAAAUUGUCAGCUGAGUUGCUAAAGAAGCUAUCAUUGACCUGCCUGGGAUUGUGGAAAAAGCAUAUUAACCCACAGUGCCAACUCACCUCUUGCCAGAUGCUCUACAAUGGAAAGGACCAACAGAGGGCAGAAAUUGCCAAACUCGGGAGCUUCUCUGUUCAUAUAAUACAGGAAUGUAAUGUGCAAUAGAUCAAUCAUGUUAAAUUGGGAGGGAGGGUGAGAAUGUGUGUCAGCUGGAGUUAAGCUGAAUGUAAACAGAGAGAUUGGGGUUCGGUGGGUGAGAUCAUGUCAGAACAAAGGGUUUGCAUGAAAAACUGAAAGAUUGGGAGGUGCAUAAGAACACAUUGAUGCAACCAGGACUGUAACAUUUC